CCUCACUUCCGCACUCUUCCCACACUCUCGAGAGCCAGCGCGAGCUCCCAGCAGCGCACGAGCUGAGCCUGAGAGAGCCACCAACAGGAAUAGGAGCAGGAUGGCGUCCACCGCCUCAUCCUUCCUCGUUGUCUUCCUGCUCGUGGCGGCGGCCGCGACGACGCCGGCGCGGUCCUGCGCGCCGAGCGACCUGCACGCGCUGCUGAGCGUGAAGGCGGCGCUGGGCAACCCGGCGACGCUGUCGUCGUGGAGCCCGUCGUCGCCCAACUGCUGCGCGUGGGACCACCUCCGGUGCGACGACGCCGGGCGCGUGAACAACGUCUUCAUCGACGGCGCCGACGAUGUGCACGGCCAGAUCCCGUCCGCGGUGGGCGGGCUGUCGGCGCUCAUGUCGCUGUCCCUGUUCCGCCUGCCGGGGCUCACGGGCACCAUCCCGCCCUGCCUCACCGCGCUCUCCAACCUGCAGUUCCUCACCAUCUCCCACACCAACGUAUCGGGCCCCAUCCCUGAGGCCCUGGCGCGGCUCCGCAGCCUCGACUCGGUGGACCUCUCCAACAACAAGCUGUGCGGCGGCAUCCCGGCGGCGUUCGCCGACCUGCCCAACCUCCGGUCGCUGGACCUCCGGCACAACCAGCUGACGGGCCCCAUCCCGGCGGGGCUCGUGCAGGGGCAGUUCCGGUCGCUGAUCCUGUCCUACAACCAGCUGAGCGGGCCGAUCCCGCGCGACGACGCGCAGGACGAGAUCAACACCGUGGACCUCUCCCACAACAAGCUCACCGGCGACCCCUCCCACCUCUUCGUCCCCGGCCGGCCCAUCGGCAAGGUGGACCUGUCGUGGAACUACCUCGACUUCGACCUCAGCAAGCUGGUGUUCCCGCCGGAGCUCACGUACCUGGACCUCUCCCACAACCGCAUCCGGGGCACCGUGCCGGCGUCGCUGGAGCGCCUCUCCACGCUGCAGAAGCUGGACCUCAGCUACAACAACCUGUGCGGGCCGCUCCCCAGGGGUCACGGCGUGAUCAAGCACGGGUGCAAACCGUACGCGCACAACGAGUGCCACCACGGGACCCCGCUCGCCGGGUGCCAGGACCUGUCGUGAGCGCGCCCGCCGCCGCCGGAUCGAGCGGGGGGCUCCGUCUCCCUCGGCGUCCGUGUGCUCGCUGGCCGGUGCUCUUCGCGUCCCGUACGUGGUGGUCGUGGUAAAGCACGACGGUGCUUGGUGUUUAGCUAUAGACAAAGAGGUGCUGCGUGGCGGUAAUACCGAUGCGCGCGGCUGUGACCUUGAGCUGUUAAAGCGUGUACGUACGAAAACGACAGCUGUGUACGUGUAUUGUACUGUACUGGAGCGUGUUAUGUACCGUGUAUUUGGUAUGGAUCCGAUCGGCCUAAUGUAUCAAAGGAAUGUUACUAAAUGGUAAUUAUGAUUGCCUUU